CGCGUCAUGACAUGGCAGGCCGCGAUGUAAACAAAACGCGAUCGCCACAGCAGCGCAACACGGGCUAUGUAAUAUUUAUUUCCGUUGAUUUCGUUCACUGAAAACCAUCUCGCGGCGCUUCUGGUCGCGUGGGAAGCAGAGCGAAAGGGAAAUUCGGAAAAACAACCGAAAAAUAAACACGGAAAAGAAAAACUAUUUCGAAACUACUUUUUAAGAUUAUUUUUUACUCGUGUGGAAGAGAAUAAAAAUAAAAUAUAGACAAAUAAAUAGUAGUGAGCAAUGCGUGAGUGCAAAGGAAAUACUUUACUGUUUUUGGGUGACAGGAAUGUAAAAAAAGUUAGUGGCAUUUGGAAGGGUCUCCACAUCACCUUCUACGUGGCCAUAGCCAUCAACGCAUUCAUAUCAUCCAUGUCGGCAGGAAACAUGUUCCAGACCUUCAAAUACAACUGCAUCCUGUUCUGCACCGAUCUGGUCUUCGAAAGAGAAACCAUUCAAAGCGAUUUUGUCAACUCGACCAAAUCACCCUCGCCAGAACUCGGAUUUGUCGACACCACCGAAAACGCUCUAGAUCUGAAUAUCACAACAGUGAAACCUGAUGAUGUGGAAAAGGAAACUGUGAUUUUCAAGAACGACUCGCAUGUUUAUUUAAAAGAAGACGGUGCUAUAGUGUUGGUGAGUGCGAAGAUUGAUGUGAAAAAGUCACGGUUCGCUUCUCAUUCGUAUUGUAACUAUGUGCUGGGUGUUACAUUGAUCACGUUCAUUUUUUCGGCGUUUUGUAUCAUUAUUUUGGCGAUGUGUUCCAAAGGAGGCAGAGGACCAACGAAUAAUACUCUAAAAAAACCGCAAAUGAUGAUCUAUCCCAUCCUGCUGUCUUCAAUUCUUCUUGGUGUGAUCAACUUCAUAGCAUCGCUAUUUCUGAAGAAGGGAAUAAGACAGUUUUGUGAAAAUUUUGAAAUGUUCUCUGGUGAAAAAAGGUGUAACUCCCUCAUCAACAACUUUACCCUGCACGAAAGGCAAGUUAAUUUCUAUUUGCCCUACUUCGUCCUCAUACACACAUUUGAUUUGACAAUCGUCUUCUUCGGCUGUCAAAUAUUGGUGACGUUACUCAGGAUCGCGUAUGCCGUGGAUUAUCAACUGUACACACUGGAAGCAGUAGUUGGAGAAGGCAGUCAACUAACUCAAAAAGAAAAAGAAGUCAGUCUUUAAUAACUGGCAAGUCUCUUUUUUUGGUGAAGAGAGUGUUAACUACAAACUGUCAAAAGACUUUGACACGGUGAAACAGAAAGAGAAGUUGGGGAUUGAAAAUUAUAGAUUUUUAAAACUUAGCACAGAACUUUAUUUCUUGGAAAAAAUUCUAGGUUUGUCUAUAGGCUUGGUGCAUUCCCCGCCGGUGCUGCCACCAUCGGAGAAUAUCGUAAACACUGGUUUAAAUAGCGAAUAUACCAAUGACUAAAGAAUCCAAGG